AUGUCGAUCUCUCAACCUUCCCUUCGGUUCUCCUCCCACAAAUCCCUAACCUCACGUCUGAUCCUCUCGACGUUGCUCGGUCGGCCUGUCCGCAUCGACCAGAUCCGCCCCAAUUCACCCACCAACCCUGGCCUGGCGCCUCACGAGAUCUCCUUCCUGAGACUUCUCGAAGCAGUGACGAAUGGCUCGCACAUUGAAAUAUCAUAUACAGGCACGGUACUGCUGUACAAGCCGGGAUUGAUCACUGGGUCGGCGCCGGGUAGUGGAGCGGACGGUGUCUCCGGAGUGUUGAGACACGAGAUCCCCGCCACGAAUACACGAGGACUGGCCUACUUUCUGAUCCCCAUGUGUCUACUUGCGCCGUUCAGCAAGGCCAAGUUCAACAUCUUGUUCACUGGCCCCGGUGUGAUCACGAGUUCCACCCCAGACACGUGGGGGGAUAUGAGCGUGGAUUCGGUCAGGACUGCGAUUUUGCCUCUCUACGCCAAGUUUGGCAUCGAGAGGGAUAUCGAGUUGAGGAUCUUAAAACGAUCAAACCCUGGACCUAGGGGUUUGGGUGGAGCGGGCGAGGUACAAUUGGUGUUCGGCCACCAAGUGCGACUACCCAAGACUUUACAUAUGCUCAAUCCAGGAAGGGUGAAGAAGAUCAGAGGCGUGGCUUAUUCAACUGGUGUCAGUGGACAGAACAAUGCAAGAAUGAUCGAGGCAGCGAGGGGUGUGUUGAAUCAGUUCGCUGGGGACAUCUAUAUCUUCUCCGACGUUGGCAGUGCUAGUCUGAUGCCUGCACCGACAAAGGACAACCCAAACGCAAAGAAGAAGGUCGGGCUCGGGUUUGGGCUGUCACUCGUGGCUGAGACUUCAAGUGGAUGUCUAUACUCUGCAGACUCGGCGAGUCCUCCCGAGGGUGGCAGACCGCCGGAGGACAUUGGGCGGAUGUGCGCAUUCCAGCUGCUUGAGAGCAUUGAGAGAGGUGGGUGCGUGAGUCUGGAGGCCCUCGAGACAGUCUUCACCUUGAUGACCAUGGGAUCUGAGGAUGUCGGUAGAAUCCAGGUGGGGCGAGAUGUGAUGGCCAACGAGCACACGAUUCAACUGGCGAGAGAUCUGAAGGCCUUUGGCUCGGCAGGGUGGGGAAUCAGAGAUGUUGAAGGUGAGAAGGGAGAUGGGCAGCUCUUGGUCAGCAUUGUGGGUAGAGGAGUUGGCAAUGUUGGGCGAAAAAUUGGUUAA